UGCUGCAUCGAAGAGUUGCGAGGUGCUCACCGCACGCGUGAAGGUGCUCACUGCCCGUUUUUGCAACGCUUUUUCUAGCGAUCGGGCUCAGUUUUUUCGAGUAUUUCGCAAGCAAGUCGCGCCGACUUCUCGGGUGUGUCUUCAGCUUGCAUCUGUGCCUUGGAACUGUGCGUCUGACAAGGAGCCUUCACGCCAGGCGACGGGUCUCCCCACCGCUCGACUCAAAACUCAACUUUGCCGCGCCACUUCGACUUGUCUUGAACUUCUCUCUCACUCGCUCCACUCUCAACUGCCCUCGUGCUCCUCCACUUUUCCUUCACUUUUAACCACCUCCUUCUUCACCAGCGUCACAACCACCUUCUUUCUCACCCCGUCUUCUUCCUUCCGGCUCUGAAAAAGCUGUUGUUUCUGCGUCGCCGCCGAAAGCCGCUCCCCAUACUAGUCUAUCAACUAACACAACAUAUCUAUAUUUAAUAAGGGAACAUAUUAUUUCUAAGUUGGAAGAUGGCGCGCAUGGAUCAUCUCAGUCAGUCAUCGAUGUAAAGAAGCUAUGAUAUUGAAAUUCGGAGACUAUUGGACAAUUCAUUUUGCAAAGACUCCUAUAAAACAAGUGUUAUAAUAGACAAACAGGCCUUGGUGCGAACUAUAGACACAGUGUGCUUUGUGUGUGAAAUGGUGAUAAGGUAAUAGCUCCACGUCAUAGAACUUAUAUGAUGACUGGACCCGGGCAGAUGUAAGCCCAGCCCAGCCAUAAGAAUACCGACGAGGGGCUAAUCCCCCAAAAGGACAGAAAAAACCUCCAUGCAGUAACCACUAAGUAACUAACCCUUUUACAGGCUCCAACCCUACCCUCAAAUACCAUCCCUUCCUCAAGUAUAAACGGGCCCCUAAUCCAACUGUUCAGUACGAAUUCCAAAAACGGCAUCCUUCCACACCAUUCAAUCAAGACAAAACAAAAAAUUACCCCCUAAAUUCGAAAUCAAAAAGCACUCGCAAAAAUAAAGUUACUCGGUGUUCUAAAGAAAAUAAAAAAGCGGUUUAUUAUUAAAAAAUUAUAUGUUUACGAGAAAAGAAAUUCUAUGUGCCUAAAUAUUUAGAGAGAAAAAUUUAAAUUUUUAAAAAGUAUUUUCCAUUCGUCCAAAAAAGAAAACAAGUUUUAAUCGUUUAUUAUUAAGGCCUACAGUUUGUAAUGUGUUGUGGAACUGUUGAAUUAUAAACUGCAAGACAUUUGUCAACUGAAGAAAAGCACUGUGUAGAUUAAUACAAGUAAAUAUAGGAGUCCAACUUGUGAUACAAAAUGGUUGUGAUAAUAUUUUUCUAAGUAUUAAACAUAAAAAACUAUUUAGACUGUUAAUCGUAGCCUAACAGAAACGCUGUAGAAUCGUGAUGCUAUCGCGUUGUUCCAUCAACGACCAAUCUUACCACAAGGAGAACCCUCUGGACAUCAACUGCUGUCGAUACUGCCUCACGCCCAUCUGCUUGUCUCCCACAAAGCAGCGGGAGGAUUGGCGCUAAUAGUGCUCGCGAUCAAGCGCCGACGAAAGCGACGGGUGUUUGCCGGUUUGCCGAGGGUGAUGGGGUGUCGACGACGCUGCUGACCUUGCCAGAAGUCCGUUCGACGAGAAAGCCCUCGUGUGUGUCGUUAGUGUGUGUGUGUUCGCGAUCAGACGAGACUGUCCAAGUACUGUUUAAUUUAGUUAGUUUGAUUAGGUGGAUUAAGUCGCGCCAGGCGCGAUCGGUCUUGAGAUAGGUGGCAAGGGGUGUUUGUCAAGGCGGGCGCAAAACACAGCCACCACGAUAUCGACACCGUUGGACCUGCGAGCGUCGCCCGGCGACCAAAUGUCGACAGAGGCGGCGGUGCUCAUCCAACGUCCUGUCUUCAAAAUGAAUCCGGGACCGGACUUCUGGCAGCGGGGCCCUCCGCAGCACGCGUCACCGCAACCCUCGCCGCCCGCCGCAGCCGCAACUGCGGCCACGGCAGCUGCCAACAACGCGCCGCAACAUAUGACGUCACCGUCGUCCCAGCAGCAGGACAUGCAGACGUCCGGCUCGGCUGCCAACACGCCGCUGCACCUUCAGAACCAGGCUCAGGCUCAGGCCCAACAACAGCAACAAUCCCAACAACAGAGCCAACCACAACAGCAACAAGCCCAACAACAGCCGUCGCAAAACCAGCAGCAGGUAGCGACGCCUGAGCCGCAGCAGCAGCAACCGCAGCCGCAGCAGCCGCAACAGGCUUCCGACCCGCUGGCCUCGCCGGUAGGAAACGCCUGCAACAGCCUCGUGCUAGCCGACCCUAAAAUGAUGAUGACCGAGAAACUCGUCAACGAGCUGCAGAAUCGGUCCAACAGUGUGAUAUCUGAUCGCACCCUCGAAGAAUGUUGGUCAACCCUGCAACGAAUCUUCAUGCACAAGUCAGCGAUGCAACUGCACGCUCGCGAGAUGCAGCGUGGCACGGGCGUGGUUGAGGUGAACAAGCCGCAUCAAUGCCAACAGUGCCUCAAGUCGUUCUCCAGCAACCACCAGCUGGUGCAGCACAUCCGCGUGCACACGGGCGAGAAGCCCUACAAGUGCUCCUACUGCGAGCGCCGCUUCAAGCAGCUCAGCCAUGUGCAGCAGCAUACCAGGCUACACACAGGUGAGCGGCCCUACCGCUGUCACCUCGCCGAGUGCGGCCGCGCCUUCAUCCAGCUGUCGAACCUGCAGCAGCACCUCCGCAACCACGACGCCCAGGUGGAGCGCGCCAAAAAUCGGCCCUUCCACUGCACCAUCUGCGGAAAGGGAUUCGCCACCGAGUCCAGUCUCCGCACUCACACAACAAAGUGUGUUUCCUGGAUGCUCCAUGAGAGACACGACAAACGUCAGGAAGCUGAGCUGCGUGUGGAUGUGUUGCAGCAGCACGCUGCGUUGCUCGGAGGUCCGAACGCCACCUCGUGCCGCAUCUGCCACAAGUUCUUCAUCGGCGGGGAGAGUCUCAUCGAGCACAUGAAAGUCGCGCACAAGGACCUCAAUCCGGCCGCCAUCACAAGUGGUGACAACAUGUCGCAAUUGCCAGCAUUACAAAGCAGCCAACAGAGCUACAAUCUGGGAACCGGACCAUACCUUGCGAAGCGACGAACAGCCAACCACCCGUGUCCCGUCUGCGGAAAGCACUACGUCAACGAAGGCAGUUUACGGAAACAUCUCGCUUGCCAUCCGGAAGCAUCGCAGAUCGCUUCCCAGCUGAGAAUGUGGCCGUGCUCUGUCUGUCAGGCGGUUUUCACACAUGAAACAGGACUGCUGAGUCACAUGGAACACAUGAGAAUGGACCCGAAGCAUCAAUUUGCAGCGCAGUAUGUUCUGAGCAGAGCGGCAGCCGAGCGCCGCGAGAGGGCAGAGCUGUCUCACAACUCCAUCCUAGCGGCCGCCGCGGCUUCUAUGCCCGCGUUAGGUAACUACGGACUGCUGAGUCACAUGGAACACAUGAGAAUGGACCCGAAGCAUCAAUUUGCAGCGCAGUAUGUUCUGAGCAGAGCGGCAGCCGAGCGCCGCGAGAGGGCAGAGCUGUCUCACAACUCCAUCCUAGCGGCCGCCGCGGCUUCUAUGCCCGCGUUAGGUAACUACGGACUCGGUGGCGGUCAGUCGUCGAUGUGCGCAUCUCCAUCUGCGCACUCGGACAGCUCGAGCAACGGUGGCGGGGAAGGGCGCCUGAGCAGCACCGGCUCAGAGCAGGGAGCCUCCCUGUUGUUGCACAACAACAAUAACAACAACAACAACACCGCCACUGCCAAGCUCGCCGAACUGAUGGCCGGACGAUCUGGCACCCCUUCCUCACUCAACCUGUCUCUCAACGGAGGAAGCAACGGUCACCACUACCUAAACCAGCAGAGCCAGCAGUACAACGCGGAGGAGCUACAGCGAGCGGCGCAGGCACUGAUUGUGCAAAGUCAGCAGCAGCAGAGCCAACAUGGCAACGAGUCGCCCGCCAACUCACCCUCUGCCGCCUCCGUCGUGCAGGCUAUGGCCGCAGCCAUGCGAAUGACCUCCUCGCAGCACCAGCAGAAUCAGCAGGUUUCUGUGCACAGCAACGGGCCGGUGAACUCGAACGCGGUGAACACGGACAACAUGACAGCGGCGCUGAUGAACGCAGCGGUGCGAGCUGCGUCGAUGCAGUCGAUGGUAGUCGACGCCGCCAACCACGCGUCCAUGGCAGCCGCCAAUCACCAGUCGAUAGCCGCAGCCGCCAAUCACCAAGCGGCCGCAGCCGCAGCCGCAGCCGGCCUGCAGACGCCGCAGAACUCGCCGUCACCGACCAGUGCUCUCCGCAUGCAGGAGGCGCUGCUUCGAUCGCAGGCGGAGGCCGCUUUGCGGCUGGCUGUCACGCAGGCCGUUGUCUCCGCCUCCACGUCCGCCGCGUCCGGCAAUGCCGCCGCCGCCGCCCAACACCAGGGCAUGCAGGGCGGCACCAUGCACAAUUACCACCACCAGAACCAGGUGCCGGCUGACUUGAGUGAAGCACUGCGCAUGCAAGAGCAACGCAUCGAACAAGCGCUGCGACUGUCGGGCGGAGACCCACGCGCACUCGGCCUCACGCUGUCCAACAGCCACCACUCGCUGCAACAGUCGCUGCAACAGCAGCAGCAGCAACAACAGCAGCAGCAACACCACCCAUGAGGGUUCACCUACUUCUGAAACAGCGCUGGCGGUCACGAUUCUUUGCAGCACUUCUUGGACUCAAUCUAACAGAGAUGCCGUGACGUGACUCGCGCUACACAACCACUAAUCCAUAAUUAUUAGUUCAUCUGUUAAUCAAAAACCUCACUCGCUGGAUCCUCUCGGUAACUGGCCGCGACAUUCGAGGGACGGUUCAUGUAAUCCACCGACUUGCAUGUUUGCAGCCCAGUUGCACUCCGCGCUGCACUUGUGUUCACAGUGCGCCUGCGCCUCCUCACAACUGGUCAGUCGGUCUGAUUACUCCAACUCCCCCCAACCACCCACCCCCAUAAAUACAAAUAAUACACAUAAUCCUCUCAACAGAGGAUGUCUCAUUUCUCAGCCAGUGUGCUACAGCUACGUACACUGUCACCGGUAACUCAGCGUUACACUACCGAACAACAAGUCUCCUCCGAGAUGCAGCACCGUUACCAGUUUGGACCAGCGCCUCACAAACGUCUCUGUAUAGUAAUCACUUAUAGCCUAAUUAAUGUAAAAUAUUAGAUGUAAUUGUAAUACGUUUGUACAGUUACAGUAACUUAUUAACAAUAAUGUAAUUAUGUACUACUACAAUCUCCUGAGAUAAACUACUAUCUCGAAAUCACCAGUUACACAUGCAACUCAUUGUUCCAUGUGGUAUGUGUCUUUUUAUAUUGUUUAUUGUCAAACGCUGCCUGGUAUAUGUAUUAGUAAUUGUAAUAAUGUGUGUUGAAAGGCGAUUCUCGUAUUGGUAGAUUCAUUUAAUUAUCUCGGGGAUGGGUGAUAAUACAUAUAUAUUCUGUUAGGACUUUAGAAGAAAUCUUUGUUGUUUGGAACUGAAAUUCAGUCAUUCUCAUUCUGUUCACUGAUGUGAGUCUAAAUGAUUCAGAAUUAGAAUCGCCCUUCUCUAUUCGAGCUCAUAAAAAUCAAUUAAUUGUGAAAAAUACAUAGAAUCUUCCGAAAAAAAAGAAAUUUGGGAAGGUAAAAUCAUUUUAUAUCCUGGAGAUUCAAAUGUCUCAAACUUAUAGAUUGGCUUGAAAUUUGUUAGAUAAUUCUAAAAGGUGGAAUUUACAAUCCCAGUUAUCUAAAUUUAAGAAAUUUUCUCUCUCAUUUGAUAUACAAUCUUAUACAUUAUUUAUAUAUUACUUAUAAUUAGAUCAGCGUGAACAAUUUGAUCAGGCUGUGAGUCAAAGUAUUAGUCAAAUGUUUCUGGUCAAUGUUUUAAGCUCUCUCUGACUUACUUGAAGUGUUUGAUAAAUAUCCAAAAAUAGAAAGAGCUCAGAAGAUAAUAAUCAUCUAAUGCGAAAUCAUUUGUCGUUUGUUCAAUUAUUAUAAUUUUUCAAUUGAAAAUAAAUUGUGUAAUUAACAUCAAAAUUAAAAUUUAUAUCUUAAACUUCAAAAUUGAACAGAAAUGAAAACUAUGAGUGAGUAAGGAUGAAUCAAAUAAAAGGCUUCCGGAUGACUGAGUUGCAGUUCCAAAUUGAACUAUAAGAUACUACACAUUUUGCUACACUACAUCUUGAGCUAAUAAAUUCAAAAUCCUAUAUUCGGGCAUUAUUUAUAUUUAGGCUAAGAAAAAUGGAAUUUAAGUCUAGUUGGAAAUCAAUUGACAGAUUUAUUGACUAUAGGUUUCUUGGAAUAAUACAAUUCUGGUCUUAAUCAAAAUCACAAAACUGUGUCAACAAAAGUUCCUCUUUUUAUAUAAUUUUUUAAAUUCCAACUAGCUAUGCUUAGGAUUUGGUAUUGCAAAAUGAAUUGUUCCAAUCUGAAAGAUUUCAACUAAAAUGUGUUGUAUGAUGAUAUUGUUGAUAAUAUACAUAUAUAUAUAUAUAAAAAAAGAGAAUUGUACAUGAGAAUUUAUUAUAACAUCUGUAUCAAUCACCUUUAAAGAAAUUAUUGAAAUUUAACAUUUUUAUUAUUAUCACCAUUACGAUAAUGGUGAUUUUUAAUGAUAGUAUGUUAGUGUAUUUUUGAAACAAUGAAAUUUAGUACCAACGACUAGAAAAAAAUGGUUUUGGUAUGAAUGACAUAUCUGUGAGAAAACAAAUAAAAUAUAAUGUGUGACUGUUGGUGUGGAUGAAAUCGUGAAUGAGUGUGUAUCUGCAAAUCUGUAUAACGAAUAUUUGUUGAUAAGCGUACGUUGGCGAUCGAAUGUUGUUACGAUAAAUCUUUUUAUUUCCAAUCAAGUUAGUGCUAAAAUAACUACUAUUGAUACGAGAUAAUAUUCCGUUAUUUUAUAUUUUACUAUUUCAAAUGAAAUAACAAAAUGAAUUACACGACUGAGAUAAUUUAGUGUUAUUUUAUUUUUACAUAAGAUGGGGUUUGCAAUUAUUAUUCAUAGAAAUUUAUAGUGGUUUAAGACUUGUUACGUAAUCUUUAAUGUUUGGAAUGAUGGAAAUUUUGUUUGGCUGGUUAUUUUUCGACAAGUAUUAGGAAAACCAUGAUGUUGACAAUAUUCAUAACAAAAAAGUAUCCUCAAAAAAGAGUUUCCAUUGGAAGAAAAUUGGGAAUAAUACAUUGCAUUGAAAUCCUAUUUGUUGUAAGUAUGUGUUGAUGUAAAUCUAGUGCAAUUCAGGAUCAGAAUUUUGUUCCUACCUUCACUUUCAACACCCCCCCCCUCUCCACCAAUUAUAACUUUUAGUGCAGAAAUAUAUUCAGUGAACUGAGAAACGCCUCCAAUUUCAAUUUUAAGAACAGACUAUCAUCUUAAUAAUUUCCUUGUAAAUCUUUGUAAAUACGACUGUUUUGUUAUAGAUAUUUUUUCUACGUUUAACUUUCUUUAAAAUUAUUAUAAUCUUAUUUUGUUUAUGAUUAGAUUAUUGAUUUUAUUAUUCGAACGGGCAUAAAAAGAAUGAAUGAUGUUAGGCAUUUAUGUAGACUAGUUCGUCAGGCGUUUUUGAUUAUUUCAAUUUUCUUGUUUCCUUUCUCUCAGUGAUGUUGUGUCGGCUGUGAUAUUUUUUAUAUUUGAGUUUGUUUUGUUGAUUUUUAUUUAAGUAUUGUAUUUCUAAUCGAAUACAAUUUUCAAGUAAUACUGAUCGUGCAUUUUGAUGGAAACGGUAAAGCUGUGUGGCUUUUCUUCAAAGGGAAUGUUGAUUUACUUGUUCUAAUAACUUGGAAAAUUAAAAAUAUUGAAAGUAUCUACGUUACUGGAUAAAAUUGAGAAUUUAUCAUAAAUCAACUCAUGGACUCUUAUCACUGUAAUAUUUUCUGUACAAUCUCCUCAGAUUAUGUUCUUAUUUAUAAAUAUUGUUUUGGUCAGUUUGUUCUUUUGUUUCGGUGUGAAUGUUGAAUAAGUGUGAGUGUCCGAUUCCCAUACAAAAAUAGCUCAAUGUAUCAUGUUCUUCAAUGACCAUGGACUUUAUCUUCCAUGGAAAACUCUUCAAAUCAUUAUUUUAGUCAGAUAUAUUUCUUAUUUACUGAAUGACAAUACUUAGAAAUAAAAUUCCAUGAAAAUCUUUUGGUGAAUUUGCACAGAUUGCUUUGUACUUGUACUGUACAUACAAAAGUGAUGUUAUGGUUAAGUUCAACACAUUUAGGACGAUGAUCAAUUUUUAUUUCGAUAAAAUUCUGUCAGUUUAAACAUUGUAAAUAUUUUUCUUGAUUUUCUUAUCAUGAUACGUGUAUAUCUAUUAAUAUUAUCAGAGCAGCAACAGUAAUCUUCAUUAAUGUGUAUUGAAUUGUUUUAGAGAACUUUCCUUUGCAAUAGAUCAACCGGUUUUGAAUUAUACAUAAGCAUCUACUCAUAUUGUAACUUAUACCGUAUAAUGAUGUGUGUUGAACUUCCGUGGAUCACUGAUUCAUCCAUGUCCGUGUAUAUUCAAUAGCAAAACUGGUUUUCUGUAUAAAGAUUUAAUAGCUAUAGGAUCACCGCAAGAAGUUUAAUUAGGUUUAAUUCUCCAAUUCCUUGUGUAAACAGUUAUAUAAUUACAUUUUAGGGCCUUACAGAUAUUGUAAAUAAUUAUUGUCAUAACAAAAAUACAAUAGUAUACUCAGUACUGAGGAACUGUACAUACACAGUUCCUCCAUCAAUUAACACGGACUGAACAUUCUAUGUACACUGGAUUUACAAGAAUGGGAAUCGCUGUUUAUAAAUCAACUGUAUCAUACCAUCCAUGAAGCUUUUGUAGCAUUAACUCUCUAUUCUUCUCAUUGACUAGGAAACAUUAUUUUAAUGUCUACUCAGCCAAAGCUGCAAUUACAUCCGGCUGAUGGUCAUUGGAAUAACUAAAUCUCCCACCUCAUACCAUCAAAUGAAACUCGCUUUAUCUCACCUCUAAGUUAUUGACAAAGAAUAUCCUGUGUUUUUCCAUACAAGAACAGGGAUGACCUCUUAUAACAGUUUUAGCCCCUUUGUCAAUAGCUAUAUCAUGUGUAAUGGGUUUCAUCCUACAUGAUAAUCGUGAGGAGUGAUCACCUAGUUGUGCAACCAUAUGGAUGAGAAUUCUACAAAUACGAAGAUUGUAUGGUUGCACAGUGACUGUGAUAUCCACCUCACAUUAGUUUUAUCUGAAUUCCUCAAAUUGCAACAACUCUGAAAUACUUUUAACUUGAAAUAAGUACAUUAAUUUGACCAAUAUUUUUUGAAAAAAUCUCUCUUAUUAGGUUUCUAAUAAACAACCAAUGCUGCAAGCAUAACAUUAAGUCGGGUAUGAUCAGUUGGAAUAAAUGUUCGAUUCUCAUCCACUACUCACAAUUAAGCUGAAACUUUAAACGAAUAUGUUCUGGUCAGUAAUAUAAGUGCAAUAUGAAAUGAAAUCCGUUAUUUCUCUACUUUUUAUUCUGUUAAUGUAAGCAAAUUGAAUUGUUUUGAAAAACAAAUUCUAUGAUAAUUUCUGUAUUAUAACUUUUCCUUUAUUAAAUCAAUAUUCCAGUUUAUUUUCUUUAGAAUAUAUUUGAAUAUUGAGAAAUCAUUAUUAUAAUAACUAUUACUAUUAUUAACGUUGAUGAGAGAAAAUAUCUUUUUGUUAUAUUUUAUUGAAAUAAGGUAUUUAAGUAUUAAUUUAAGUAUCGGCCAUUCUACCAUGAUGUUUUUGAUUAUAUUGUAAUAUUAUUAUUUGUAACAAUAUGAUAGAUUCAUUUAUAAUAAUUUCUAUAAUCAAAAGUUUAUGCAUGUUGGAAUAUUCAUAAAAAAUGGUCUUAUAUUUGUCAGAUAAUAAUAGUUGAAUUAUUACAGAUUUAUAUUUUGAAAGAGAAAAACUAUUGAAAUCAAACAGAUAUUGCUGUUGAAACGACCAAACGUUAACAUACAUCAUGACACUUGCAAAUACAAAAGUGUCACAACUCUGUUUGGUCCACCAAGACUGUUUUGUUUAGAGGUUCAGCGGGACGGACGCCAUAUAGAACUUGAUAAGUCGAUAACUCAAUAACUUUUUUACUGUAUCUUGAAACCACUGACAAAGGUCAAAUAUCAAAAUUCCAUUGUUUUACGAGAAAAAACAUUCCAUUAAUUUCCACAUAAAAAUUCUCACGGACAAAAAUACACAACUCAUUAAGUUUUCUGUUACUGAUUCAUAGUCAAAUAGCACAUAACUCUCCUACUCUCUACUUUCCUCCACUUCUCGGCACAUCAACACAGACGUGUGUCUUGAACAUUAUUAUCUGCAUUCAUACAUUAACUAAUAAACAAAUGAAGCUUCAUUUUUAAGACAUCCUUUCUGAAUUUUCAAAACAAUAAUCCGUGCAGAAUAGUAUUACACUAUUUGUAAAGUUGAAAUUUGCCACCGCUACAAUAGCCCAAUACAUAGCAUGUUUACACUGCUAUGUACCAUAUGCAAACCUAUUGGAGACAGACAUUUGCAAUAGCCCAAACACCCCAGUUCACCAGAGCGGGGGUGCCUCUGUUACAAUUUUUCUGACGCCACCAUGCAAUAGACCAAUACGUAAUAUGCAUACACUAUUACGUACAAUACUUACAAGACUAAAACGAUAAUUAUACACACAAACAUUUUGCCGAAGACUACAAAUAGCCUGAUAAACAUAAAUAGUCGUGACACUAUUAUGUACCGAUGACUUCCUUAGCCCGAUUACAUAUAUAGUAUGACACUAUUAUGUAGAAGAUUACAUGAAUAGUAUGACACUAUUAUGUACUACAUGCUCUCAUUGUAUUAUAUUGUUCUACAAAUGUACCAUAGCCCGUACAAUAGCCCAAUACAUGAUCAGUCAUCACUGACAUGUACCAUAAUACAAAUAAAAAACUAUGUUUUUACAAUAGCCCAAUACACGGUGUGUAUAUCACCGCCGUGUACCACACUACAAUACAAUAAUGUUAAAUCAGUUGAGUUACAAUAAUAGCCUAAAUGCAUCAAUAGUUGACACUAUUAUGUACUCAAUAUUCUCAACAAUAAUGAAACGAACGGAUCAAUAUUAAUUACAAUCAGUAAUUGCAAUAGACUAAACACGCACAGCAACCACAGCUGUGAGUGCCACCACUCAAAUAACUGCAAUAGCCACCUGGAUAUUUGGACAGUAGCCACGAUCAAUGCUUGCCGUCAAUACAUAAAUAGUCAAUACUAUUAUGUAAUUCACAUACAGCAACAACUAACAGCCAUCAGCAAUACUGCUACCUCACCAUCUAUGGCUCAUUAGUAUUUUAAUAUCACACAUAAUGGUUAGUACUAUUAUGUAAUGCCAGCUACUAUAUUUUGCAUGUAAACCAGGAAAAUUCAGCAAUCUCUUUCAAAGCACUGGUAUCUUGCAAAAUACGUAUAUUAUAUGAAUAUUACAUGCAAUAGCUUGGCGCGAUCGUGAGCAUCAGCCGCGAUCGUUGCCCUAUCAACUGGUUUUUAAUUUAUUAUACUCAAACAUAAUUACAUUUUAAAUAGAUUUCUGUGUAACAACCAUGUUCAACAUUGUUUAAUCUUAAAAGUAAAUAUUAUUAAGGUGUUGUUUAGUUUCUGGUGUCACAUCAACAGUAAUCGAGUUUAUGUUUAGUUGUUAUAUGCUUCAUAUGCUCUUCUAUAAUAUCUACUAUUACUUCAAUCUACUAUGCUUGUCAAUAGAUGUAGCCUCAGAGCUUCACUCCUCCCUUGUGAUUCCAAUUUCAAUUACCAGAAACCCUUUACAGCUGACUUGGAACUCUUUUUAUUGGAUUUUUGUGAGAAAUUAUUCAAAAUAUUCAUUUUGAUAACAAAUUUUGAUUUACAAUCUAACUUACAACUCAAUUCGAUUUUUGUGAAAAUCGUUUUAGAAAAAUUCUAGUUUAGCCGUAUAUUUUUAGAAUUUCUUGAGAUCUUUCAAUUUCUCUAAUCAAUUAAUCUUCAUCUUACAAAUCAUUAAGCUUCUUAUCAUGAAACACAUUUAUUGACUCAAAAUUUAUUGAAGUAAUUAUAAAUUACUCCAUGUGACUUGAUUUUUUAAAUAUGGUAGUUUAAUGCAUUAAAAAUAAGAUUAUAUUCAAAUAAAAACCUUUGACUUAAAGUUAUCUCAUCUUCAAAUCAAAUUUUCCAAGUCAGCCAAAACUGUUUCCUUUUAGAGAAUCAUUCAGUGUGCAAGAAGUAUUUCCCUUUUCUCUCCAACUACAGAAUAAUUGUGUUACGCACAAUAUUUUGGAGUCUCUAGAGGGUGAUAUUUCCAGCUUGCUGAUUGGUGAUCUGUUCCUUUGGUUUUCUCUGAUCCUUUCGGAUCGAACAUUUUUCGAUUGCUCUCUUCCCCAACCUUAUUGAAACGAGCCGUUAUUGCAGUAACAGUAAGACACACCAUGCUGUUAUGUGUCAUUCUAAUAUGUUGUGUUUUUCUCUUAUACAAUAUACAAGUUAACAGUUUUCCUCAUUAAUUAGUUUGUAUACAGUGUAAUCAGACUCUGAGCUUUUCAGCCGGGUCCUAAGUAAGAUACAGUAAUGUUUUACAGUAAAAUAACAUACCAUAACAUCAGUCUCAAUGAUGUAUUUUGAACUAUAUAGAUGAUAAGUACGGUACCGUAAGUUAGAUAUCCUUUAUUGAAAGAAUUGGUGGCUUCUAUAGUGUUGAAUUUCUGUUUGCAAUCCAAACACUUCCCUUUAUUAUCUAUAAUUAAUUAUUGUAUCGCAGUCAGCCUUGUUGCUCUUGAUUAACCUCUAGUAUCAAUGACAAUUAUUAAUAACUUAUAAAUCAAUUCUUGUUAUGUUUUGCGACUUAUCUUUCCUGUAGCUGUAAAAGUCAAGCUGUUACCAAUUGUUGACAAUUUAUUGCGUUCGUGUUGAUCAUAUAGGUAAAUAAUUAUCAUUACCAUUCAGAUACCGGUACUUUAAACGGUUGCAAUAUACUUUAUACCUCAAGUAUGAAACUUUCUUUAAACCUCCUUUUUAUGUUAUCUGUUGUUAACCACUCUUGUUUGUUAUUUCCCACUGUUAUUUUUUUCAAUUACAGUACUUGUUCUUGUUCCCAACUUUUAUAUCUAAGGAUGUGCUAUCUAAGUAGAGAUGUACAGUGUAGUUCAAUUGUUCAUAACAUCCAGUUUUGUUAGGUGAUAUUGAGGAAUCUUUGAAAUUUAAUCAGUCUCUUGACUGGGAAAUCAUACCGGUAACUUAGAACUGAAAGGAUACUGAGAUUGCAGUUUGGAAGUUGGAAGUAAAGUUGAAAAGAUUGGAAGUUGGUUAAAAUAUAGAAGCGCACAUUUCUUACAGUCACAGUCAACAACGUCAACUUCACAGCCAAUAAAAUAAAAAAAAUAUAUAAAUUCAUAAAAAACAAUUGCUAUUCGAAACAACUGAAUUAUGAAGUUGAGAAAUGCUUUUUGGAGAAAAAUAUGAAUUUUUCGCGAAAAAUAAUAAUUGAUAAAGCAUAGACCAUGAUGUAGAAUUUUCAGUGAAAAAUAAAUUCAACAAUAAAUAUUUUUGAAACUUCGGAUGUAUUGCCUAUAUCAUGGCAGAUUUUUCAAAUUUAUAACUAAACCGGAAUCAAGAAAUUGAAAAUAUUAAAUCAACUAGCCUUUAUCAAUAAUUAUCAAUAAUUGAAUAAAUUGAAAAUUAACUUUUGAAGCUAUCUUUAUUGUCUCAUACACCGGUAUAUUUUUGUAAUGUUAGAUUGGUUGGGUUUAGGGAAGAAGAAGAGUUUAGAAUUUCCAGCAACUAGUUAUAUUUCCAAGAUCCCAUUCUUUAUUUCAAUUCAAUAAGAUAUCAAUCCAAAUAUUCAGAUAAUAUUUUCAAACAUUUUGGAAAAGACGUUGUUUCAAGAGAUUAAAUUACAGGCCUACUAAUUAGGCCCAUUACUUGGUAUAGGUGCCUAUAAAGUUUAUUUUGUCUUAAUUAUUCGACGAUUAUGAAACUAAAUUAUGGACUCAUACUUCUAGAGAUAUUCAACAUACUCGUGACAGCCCACUGGUUUUUUUUUGAACACCUUGAAUUAGAAUUUGUCAAUAUAUCACCUGACAGAGCUGCGUACGAGAAGCCUCUAAAUUCUUUCAAUAAUGAAUAUUGAUCAUUUACCUAUUGAUAGUUCAAAUGGCAGCCUGAGAUCUUGUGCAGGAAACUUUUGCAAAAUAAAUAUCACUGACAAGUCCAUCAAUGAAACAAAUAAAAAUUAUGACAAAAAAUAAUAUUAGUGUGAUGAUGAUAAUAUGUUUUCGAUGAAUGUGAUAAAAUUUGUUUUAACUUGUAAAAUUUAUGUAUUCAGAGUUCGUGUGGAAAAUUAGGAGUUUUGAUGGAUUUUUCACCAAUCACAAAUCACGAAAUGAUAUUACUAAAUUAGGUUUGGCUACAGACUGCACAAGUAUCAGACUGUUAUAAGCUGUUUUAAUAAUCGCUGUCUGACAGUAACUAUAUUAUUUAGCUUAACAUUUUUCAUUUACAGUAAUAGUUUAAAUAAUAUUUCAAUAGUAUCAAUAUUACUUAGAACACAUAAUAUUUAUCCGCCAUGAUACAGUUAAUAAUAAGCAUUCGAACCUCUCUCCUCUGAACAUUUUCCUAGGUGUAACACUUGGUGUUUGUUUGACUGUGUUCUAAUUUUUGUUUCAUUGCCAUAUCUGUAUUGAUAUAUUAACAAUUUGUUUAAGUGGAAAAAUUGAAAAGUCGUAGAGAUUUUUUAUCAUUUUAUUUGAUAAAACAAGCGCACUCUGUAUGUCUUAUCUUACACCUUUUGUGUUCAGUUAAACAUGUAUACGUUGAGCAAAUAUUCAAACUGAAUAUAUUGCAAGAAAUUAUCAUUUUGUUCCUUCGAACCAAAUAUCUACUAAGAUUUUGAGAGAUAAUAUUUUGUGUUCAAAAUAACUCAAAAACAUUGAAAAAAAUGUUUGACUGAGAAAUUUAAUUUCAUGACGUUAUUGAAUUUUAUACUAUCUGCUGCAUGUCAAACUGCUUGAGAUUUGAUAACUUAUAUUGUGUAUUGAUAGUCAUAUUUUUUAAGCUCCUGUAACUUAUUUGAACGUUCAGAAUAUGGCAAAUCGAUUAGUUAUUUAUGUUACAGGUGUUGCCCAAAGUGUGUAUGUAGCUAAGUAUGAGUGUGAGUUUUGUUCCACAGCAUAGGCCUACUUGUGUAGAAAUCUAUCCUGUUUAGGUAUAAAUUCAUUGUUCUGAAACGAUUUAUGUUCACAAUCGAAUGUUCAAUAAAAAUAAUAUAAUCUG